CAGGGUCCCGGGACCUGGAAAGGAGGAGUGGAGGAGACUCAGUCCUCCGCGCCCCUGAGCCGCGAGCCGUGGAGCUGGGCCGGCCGGGAUGGUGUAGCCUCCCCGCGCAGCCCCAGCCUGGACCGCGCGGGGCCACUUUCCCAUCCUUCUGGUCCAUCCUCGCUGCAGUGAGACGCCGCGGGCGCCGUGCGGAGUUCCUGGCACUUUCCGGAGGACGCUCUCACCUACUGCCCGGGACUGGGAGUGACUGCGCUCUCCAGGGGACCGGGUUGAGCCGUCACAACCGGACCAUGCGAGCCACCGGGACCCCCGGGGUCACCGCGCGCACGCGCCCCGCAGGAAACCCCACCAAGUCUCCACCGACGCCUCCGACGCCGCCCGGGCUGGUGCUGCUGCUUCUCCUGUCACUGGUAAGCCGCGUCCGGGCACAGCCACCUGACCCCGGCCGGGCCUUGCUGUCCCCGGAUCUCGCGGGGGCUGCAGGGGUCCCCGCCGAAGAAGCCAUAGUGCUGGCGAACCGCGGGCUCCGGGUGCCCUUCGGCCGUGAGGUCUGGCUGGAUCCGUUGCAGGACCUAGUGCUGCAGGUGCAACCGGGGGAUCGGUGCGCGGUGACCGUGCUAGACAACGACGCGCUGGCCCAGCGGCCCGGCCGCCUGCGUCCCAAGCGCUUCCCCUGCGACUUCGGCGCGGGAGAGGUGCGCUACUCGCACCUGGGCGCGCGCAGCCCGUCGCGGGAUCGAGUCCGGCUGCAGCUGCGCUACGACGCGCCGGGAGGGGCGGCCGUGCUCCCCUUGGUGCUGGAGGUGGAGGUGGUCUUCACCCAGCUGGAGGUUGUGACGCGGAACCUGCCCCUGGUCGUGGAGGAGCUGCUGGGGACCAGCAAUGCCCUGGACGCGCGGAGCCUGGAAUUCGCCUACCAGCCCGAGACCGAGGAGUGUCGCGUGGGCAUCCUGUCUGGUUUGGGCGCGCUGCCUCGCUACGGGAAACUCCUUCACUACCCGCAGGUCCCGGGCCCGGCCAGCGAGGGGGACACCCAGGAGCCCCUCCUGAUGGACUGCAAAGCCUUCCAGGAACUGGGCGUGCGCUACCGCCACACCGCCCCCAGUCGUUCUCCGAACAGGGACUGGGUGCCCAUGGUGGUGGAGCUGCGAUCGCGAGGCUCUCCUGUGGGCAGCCCGGCUUUGAAGCGCGAGCACUUCCAAGUGCUGGUGAGAAUCCGAGGAGGGGCUGAGAACACCGCCCCCAAGCCCAGCUUCGUGGCCAUGAUGAUGAUGGAGGUGGACCAGUUUGUCCUGACCGCCCUGACCCCAGACAUGCUGGCCGCCGAGGAUGCGGAGUGUGCCCCAGACUUGCUGAUCUUCAAUCUCACCUCUCCAUUCCAGCCCGGCCAGGGCUUCCUGGUGAGCACUGACGACCGCAGUCUGCCCCUCUCCUCCUUCACUCAGAGGGAUUUGCACCUCCUGAAGAUUGCCUAUCAGCCCCCCUCUGAAGACUCUGACCAGGAGCGUCUCUUUGAACUGGAGCUGGAAGUAGUGGACCCAGAAGGCGCUGCCUCCGAUCCUUUUUCCUUCAUGGUAGUGGUGAAGCCCAUGAACACGCUGGCUCCAGUGGUCACCCGGAACACUGGUCUUAUUCUCUACGAGGGCCAAUCUCGGCCCCUCACUGGCCCUGCAGGCAGUGGACCACAAAACUUGGUCAUCAGUGAUGAAGACGACUUAGAGGCCGUAGAGCUGGAGGUGGUGGCCGGGCUCCGGCAUGGUCACCUUGUCCUUCUGGGUGCCUCCAAUGGCAACUCUGCCCCUAAGACCUUUACUGUAGCUGAGCUAGCAGCCGGCCGAGUGGUCUACCAUCACGAUGACAAAGACGGCUCGCUAAGUGACAACCUCGUGCUCCGAAUGGUGGACGGGGGACGCAGGCACCAGGUACAGUUUCUGUUCCCCAUCACCUUAGUGCCUGUGGAUGACCAGCCCCCAGUCCUCAAUGCCAACACGGGGCUGACGCUGGCAGAGGGCGAAACUGUGCCCAUCCUGCCCCAAGCUCUGAGUGCAACUGACAUGGACUCAGAGGACUCUCUGCUGCUUUUUGUGCUCGAGUCACCCUCCUCCACUGCAGGGCAUCUGCUUCUCCGCCAGACCCAUCUUCCCCAGGGGGAGGAGAUGCUUCUCGGGAGCCCUUGGAGAAAACAGGGAGCAUUCUAUGAGAAAACAGUGACAGAGUGGCAGCAGCAAGACAUAACAGAGGGGAGACUUUUCUACAGGCACGCUGGGCCCCACAGCCCUGGGCCAGUGAUUGACCAGUUCACAUUUCGUGUCCAGGAUAACCACGACCCCCCUAAUAAGUCUGGGCUACAGAGGUUCAUGAUACGCAUUCAUCCCGUAGACCGCCUCCCUCCUGAGCUGGGCAGCGGCUGUCCCCUUCGGAUGGUGGUACAGGAAUCCCAGCUCACACCUCUGAGGAAGAAGUGGCUACGCUAUACGGACCUGGACACGGAUGACCGAGAACUCCGUUACACGGUGACCCAGCCCCCGAUGGACACAGAUGAAAACCACUCACCAGCCCCACUGGGCACCUUGGUCCUGACCGACGAUCCUUCGGUGGUGGUCGCCCAUUUUACCCAAGCGCAGGUCAACCACCAUAAAAUUGCUUACAGGCCUCCAGAUCAGGAGCUGGGAGUGGCAGCCCGAGUGGCCCAGUUUCAAUUCCAGGUGGAGGACCGAGCUGGGAACGUGGCUCCAGGCACCUUCACCUUUUAUCUGCAGCCAGUGGACAACCAGCCACCCGAAAUCCUCAACACUGGCUUCACCGUUCAGGAGAGGGGCCACCACAUCCUGAGUGAGGCUGAGUUGGGCGUGCGUGAUGUGGACACUGAUGUGGCCCACAUCACCUUCACACUCAUACAGGUGCCCAAACAUGGCCACAUGAAGCUGUCUGGACAGGUACUGCAUGUCGGUGGGAUUUUCCACUUGGAGGACAUAAAACAGGGUCGGAUUUCCUACGCCCAUAAUGGGGCUGUGUCUCUGACCGACAGCUGCUCCUUGGAGGUCAGUGACAGACACCACGUGGUGCCCGUCACUCUCAGAGUGAAUGUCCGGCCAAUGGAUGGGGAGGUGCCCAUGCUGAGCCUUCCUGCAGGCAUGCUGGGGUCCUAUCUGGACGUUUUAGAAAACGGGGCUACUGAAAUCACUGCCAGUGUUAUCAGGGGGACCAACGGGGAUGCUGAUGAUUUGAUGUUGACUUUCCUCUUGGAAGAUCCACCCCUAUAUGGAGAAAUCCUGGUCAAUGGAGUUCCAGCAGAGCAGUUUACCCAAAGAGACAUCUUGGAGGGCUCUGUCGUCUAUGCUCACACAAGUGGGGAGAUAGGUCUCUUGCCCAAAGAAGACUCUUUCAACCUGAGUCUGUCGGAUAUGUCUCAAGAAUGGAGAAUAGGCGGUACCACUAUCCAAGGAGUUACCGUGUGGGUGACCAUCCUCCCUGUUGACAGCCAGGCCCCAGAAAUUUCUGUAGGUGAACGGUUUAUUGUGCUGGAAGGCGAUAAAAGCGUUAUAACCUCAAUGCACAUAAGUGCUGAAGACAUCGAUUCUCUCAAUGAUGACAUCUUGUGCACCAUCGUCAUUCAGCCUACCUCGGGUUAUGUGGAGAACAUCUCUCCAGCCCCCGGCUCUGAAAAAUCGAGAGCAGGAAUAGCUAUAAGUGCUUUUACUCUGAAAGAUCUCAGGCAAGGUCAUAUAAACUAUGUCCAGAGUGUCCAUAAAGGAGUAGAACCGGUGGAAGACAGAUUUAUAUUUCGCUGUUCUGAUGGCAUUAACUUUUCAGAGAGACAUUUUUUCCCCAUUGUAAUCAUUCCCACCAAUGAUGAACAGCCAGAAAUAUUCAUCAGGGAAUUUAUGGUGAUGGAAGGCAUGAGUCUGGUGGUUGAUACACCCAUCCUCAAUGCCGCUGAUGCUGAUGUUCCUCCGGAUGACUUAACUUUCACUAUUACCAGGUUUCCCACCCACGGUCACGUCAUGAACCAGCUGAUAAAUGGCACCAUUUUGGUGGAAAGCUUCACCUUGGACCAGAUCAUAGAGAGUUCCAGCAUCAUUUAUGAGCACGAUGACUCUGAGACUCAGGAAGACAGUUUCGUGAUUAAACUCACAGAUGGUAAGCACUCUGUGGAAAAGAUGGUCCUCAUUAUGGUUAUUCCUGUUGAUGACGAGACCCCUAGGAUGGCCAUCAAUAAUGGACUGGAAAUAGAAAUCGGGGAAACCAAAAUUAUCAACAACAGAAUAUUAAUGGCAACUGAUUUAGAUUCUGAAGACAAAUCCUUGGUUUACAUUAUUCGUUAUGGGCCAGGACAUGGCUUAUUACAGAGACAAAAACCUGCAGGUGUCUUUGAAAAUAUCACAUUGGGCAUGAAUUUUACUCAGGAUGAAGUAGACAGAAAUUUGAUUCAGUAUGUCCAUUUUGGGCAAGAGGGCAUUCGGGAUCUAAUUAAAUUUGAUGUGACGGAUGGAAUCAAUGCCCUCAUAGAUCGCUACUUUUAUGUGUCUGUUGGAAGCCUUGACAUUGUCUUCCCCGAUGUGAUAAGUAAAGGAGUGUCCUUGAAAGAAGGCGGUAAGGUCACCCUCACAACAGAUCUACUGAGCACUAGUGACCUGAACAGCCCUGAUGAAAACUUAGUUUUUACCAUCACCAGGGCUCCCAUGAGAGGCCACUUAGAAAGCACAGACCAACCUCGAGUGUCUAUCACAUCUUUCACUCAGCUCCAACUGGCUGGCAACAAAAUCUACUAUAUCCACACAGCUGAUGAUGAGGUAAAGAUGGACAGUUUUGAGUUUCAAGUCACUGAUGGACGUAACCCUGUCUUUCGGACAUUCCGUAUCUCCAUCAGCGAUGUGGACAACAAAAAGCCAGUGGUCACCAUCCAUAACCUGGUUGUCAGUGAAGGUGAAAAGAAGCUGAUUACUCCCUUUGAACUCACCGUGGAAGACAGGGAUACUCCAGACAAACUCUUGAAAUUCACUGUCACCCAGGUGCCUGUUCAUGGUCAACUCCUAUUCAACAAUACCAGACCCGCCCUGGUUUUUACCAAGCAGGACUUGAAUGAAAACUUAAUCAGCUACAGACAUGAUGGUACCGAGUCAAGUGAAGACAGCUUCUCCUUCACAGUGACUGAUGGUUCCCAUACAGAGUUCUAUGUUUUUCCUGAUACAGUUUUUGAAACAAGAAGACCCCAAGUAAUGAAGAUCCGGAUCUUAGCUAUUGACAACAGAGUCCCCCAAAUUGCAGUGAACAAAGGGGCCUCUACACUUCGCACUCUGGCCACAGGCCACUUGGGGUUCAUGAUCACAAGUAAAGUAUUGAAAGCAGAGGACAGAGACAGCUUACAUGUUUCUCUCCAGUUUAUUGUGACGGAGGCCCCUCGACAUGGAUAUCUCCUUAACCUGGGCCAAGGCAACCACAGUGUGACUCAGUUUACACAAGCUGACAUUGAUGAUAUGAAAAUAUGCUAUGUCUUAAGAGAAGGGGCUAAUGCCACAAGUGACAUAUUCCACUUUACGGUUGAAGAUGGGGGUGGAAACAAAUUAACCAAGCAGCAUUUUCGUCUGAACUGGGCAUGGAUCUCCUUUGAAAAGGAAUAUUACUUGAUCAAUGAGGACUCCAAAUUUCUAGAUGUUGUGCUUAAGCGUAGAGGUUAUUUGGGAGAGACUUCCUUUAUAAGUAUUGGCACAAGAGAUGGGACUGCAAAGAAAGACAAGGACUUCAAGGGCAAAGCGCAGAAACAAGUGCAGUUCAACCCAGGCCAGACCCGGGCCACGUGGAGAGUGCGGAUUCUGAGCGACGGGGAGCACGAGCAGUCCGAGACGUUCCAGGUGGUUCUCUCAGAGCCUGUGCUGGCUGCCCUGGAGUUCCCCGCAGUGACCGCAGUGGAGAUCGUAGACCCCGGAGAUGAAUCAACUGUGUUCAUCCCCCAGUCUGAAUACUCCAUCGAAGAGGACGUUGGCGAACUGUUCAUUCCCAUCAGGAGAAGUGGAGAUGUGAGCCAGGAGUUGAUGGUGAUCUGUUAUACGCGGCAAGGAACAGCAAGAGGAACCGUGCCUACGUCUGUGCUCUCCUAUUCUGAUUACAUAUCCCGGCCCGAGGACCACACCAGUAUUAUCCGCUUUGACAAAGAUGAGCGGGAGAGGAUGUGUAGGGUCGUUAUAAUUGAUGACUCCUUGUAUGAAGAGGAAGAAACGUUCCACGUUCUCCUGAGCAUGCCGAUGGGUGGGAGAAUUGGAUCAGAGUUCCCAGGGGCUCAGGUUACAAUCAAACCCGACAAAGACGAUGAACCCGUCUUCUACUUUGGCGACGUCGAGUACUCUGUGGAUGAGAGUGCGGGCUUGGUGGAGGUGCGGGUGUGGAGGGGCGGCACGGACCUGUCCCAGGCUUCCAGUGUCACCGUGACCUCGCAGAAAACAGACCCUCCCUCUGCUGAUGCCGGAACAGACUAUGUGGGAAUCAGCCGUAAUUUAGACUUUGCGCCUGGAGUCAACAUGCAAACCGUUUGUGUUAUCAUUUUGGAUGAUCUCGGACAACCAGUGCUGGAGGGUAUUGAGCAAUUUGAAUUGGUGCUCCGAAUGCCUAUGAAUGCAGCCCUUGGGAACCCCAGCAAAGCCACGGUGACCAUAAAUGAUUCUGUCUCAGAUUUACCUAAGAUGCAAUUCAAAGAACGAGUAUAUACUGGCAAUGAAAAUGAUGGGCAGAUAGUCGCCAUGAUCCACCGGAGUGGGGAUAUCCAAUACCGGUCUUCAGUGAGAUGCUACACGCGACAGGGCUCCGCACAGGUGAUGAUGGACUUUGAAGAGCGCCCCAACACUGACAUCUCCAUCAUCACAUUCCUCCCUGGGGAGAUCGAAAAGCCUUGCAUCCUGGAGCUGAUGGAUGACGUAUUGUAUGAGGAGGUAGAGGAGCUCCGACUGGUUCUUGGCACCCCACAAAGCAACUCUCCUUUUGGAGCUGCAGUUGGGGAACAAAAUGAAACUCUGAUAAGGAUCCGAGACGAUGCUGAUAAGACAAUUAUUAAAUUUGGAGAGACCAAAUUCAGCGUCAGUGAACCCAAAGAACCAGGACAGUCAAUGUUUAUAAAAAUUCCAGUGAUUCGCCAAGGAGACACUUCAAAAGUUUCCAUUGUGAGAGUUCACACCAAGGAUGGCUCGGCCACUUCUGGAGAAGACUAUCACCCUGUGUCCGAAGAAAUUGAGUUUAAGGAGGGAGAAACCCAGCACAUUGUUGAAAUUGAAAUAAUAUUUGAUGGCGUAAGAGAGAUGAGAGAGGCCUUCACUGUCCACCUAAAACCUGAUGAAAAUAUGAUAGCAGAGACACAGGUGACCAAAGCCAUUGUGUAUAUAGAAGAAAUGAACAGCAUGGCCGAUGUCACUUUUCCUUCUGUCCCUCAAGUUGUGUCCUUGCUGAUCUACGAUGACACUUCCAGGGCCAAAGAGAGUGCUGGACCUGUGUCUGGUUAUCCUGUCGUCUGUAUCACAGCUUGCAACCCUAAAUAUUCAGACUACGAAAAAACAGGCUCUCUUUGUGCAAGUGAGAACAUCAAUGACACUUUGACCCGGUACCGAUGGCUGAUCAGCGCUCCCGCGGGCCCCGAUGGCGUGACCAGCCCCAUGAGAGAAGUGGACUUUGACACCUUUUUCACGUCGUCCAAGAUGAUCACUUUAGACUCCAUAUAUUUCCAGCCUGGCUCCAGAGUGCAGUGUGCAGCUCGAGCUGUGAAUGCUGACGGCAGUGAAGGCUUGGAGCUGAUGAGUCCCAUUGUGACCAUUGGCAGAGAAGAAGGUCUUUGCCAGCCCCGAGCGCCUGGGAUAGUGGGAGCAGAGCCCUUCUCAGCUAAACUGCGCUACACGGGCCCCGAGGACCCAGAAUACACGAACCUCAUCAAACUCACUGUCACAAUGCCCCACAUAGACGGCAUGCUCCCCAUAAUCUCUACCAAAGAGCUUUCCAACUUUGAGCUCACACUCAGCCCUGAUGGCACCCGUGUUGGAAACCACAAGUGCUCCAACCUCUUGGAUUACACCGAAGUAAAGACCCACUAUGGUUUCUUGACUGAUGCUACCAAAAAUCCAGAAAUAAUUGGAGAGACAUAUCCUUACCAGUACAGCUCGUCUAUCAGAGGUUCCAAUACCUUACGCUUCUACCGAAACCUGAACCUGGAGGCCUGCUUAUGGGAGUUUGUUAGCUACUACGACAUGUCCGAGCUACUCACUGACUGUGGCGGGACCAUUGGAACCGAUGGACAGGUCCUAAACCUAGUGCAGUCCUAUGUGACUCUUCGGGUCCCUCUGUAUGUCUCCUACGUGUUCCACUCCCCCGUUGGGGUUGGAGGCUGGCAGCAUUUUGACUUGAAGUCCGAACUCCGUCUGACAUUCGUGUAUGACACUGCCAUCUUGUGGACCGACGGAAUUGGCAGCCCCCCAGAAGCUGAACUCCAAGGUUCUCUCUACCCAACCAGCAUGCGCAUCGGUGAAGAGGGGCGUUUGGUUGUGAACUUCAAGACGGAGGCUCAGUUCCAUGGCUUGUUUGUGCUGUCACAUCCUGCAUCCUUCACAAGCUCAAUGAUCGUGUCAGUAGAUCAUCCAGGUCUAACGUUUUCCCUGCGUCUCAUAAGAAGUGAACCAACCUAUAACCAGCCAGUCCAGCAGUGGAGCUUCAUAUCUGACUUUGCAGUCCGUGACUACUCGGGGACCUACACAGUAAAACUGCUGCCAUGCACCACUCCAUCCCAUCAGGAAUACCGCCUGCCUGUCACCUGCAACCCCAGAGAGCCUAUCACUUUUGACCUUGACAUCCGCUUCCAACAGGUCAGUGACCCAGUGGCGGCUGAGUUUAGCUUGAACACCCAGAUGUACCUCCUCUCCAAGAAGAGCCUCUGGUUGUCUGAUGGAUCCAUGGGAUUUGGGCAGGAGAGCGACGUUGCCUUCGCAGAAGGUGACAUCAUUUAUGGUCGGGUCAUGGUGGAUCCAGUGCAGAAUCUAGGUGAUUCCUUUUACUGCAGCAUCGAGAAGGUGUUUCUGUGCACCGGGGCCGACGGCUACGUUCCCAAGUACAAUCCAACGAAUGCAGAAUACGGCUGCUUGGCUGAUUCGCCUUCACUCUUAUAUAGAUUUAAAAUUGUGGACAAAGCUCAACCAGAGACACAAGCCACCAGCUUUGGAAACGUCCUGUUUAAUGCCAGACUGGCGGUGGAUGACCCUGAAGCUAUCCUCUUAGUGAAUCAGCCUGGAUCUGAUGGAUUUAAAGUCGACUCAACACCACUCUUUCAGGUCGCUCUGGGUCGAGAAUGGUAUAUACACACCAUCUACACAGUAAGAUCGAAAGACAACGCCAAUCGAGGCAUUGGCAAACGCAGCGUGGAGUACCUGUCCCACUCUCUGCUGAGUCAAGGGAAGCCCCAGGCAGCUACCAAGAGCCGGAAGAAGAGGGAGAUCAGAAGCAGCCCUCCGCUGGCGUGGGAAAUCGGGGCUGAGAACAACCGGGGAACAAACAUCCAGCACAUCGCCCUGGACCGCAGCAGCAGGAAGCAGAUCCUUCACGGGAGGGUCUCCCCUGACGGCGUCCUCCCCCGGGAGCUCGACAGUCCCAGCUCUGAGGUCAGCCUGCUCACGGUGGUGGGGGGCGUCGCGGUGGGACUCCUGGCCGUCCUCCUCACUGCCAUCGCGGUGAUGAUGCACCAGCGCAAGAAGGGUGCCAGGAGGAAGGACUCGCCCAAGGACCCCGGCAGCCGUGAGCCCAUGAUGCCCUCCGUGAGCCCCCACAGCGACAGCUCGGAGGUUUGACGGCCGCAGGGGAAACCCAGCCUUUUCCUCCAGUGCCCAGAAAAAGACAAUCGAAACCCAGUGCUUCUGUCGCCGGCAGAGAAUUGGGGACUUCUGUGACAAAGCUGCUCAGAGGACCUGACUGUACUAGUGAACGUUCUCAUUCUGUCUACUCGUUCAGGCAUCAGAGGACACAUUCAGAUGUAGACCACAUCUUUCCUCUUGCCUAGAAGGCAUCAAGUAUAUAUCCAGUGGCACACAGAGCCAUGGUAGACAGCGACGAAUGUACUCACCUUAGGCAUUUUCUCUACGCAGUGGAGAUGAACCUGGUGCUCACAGACUCCUUCAGAAACUUAACAGGAGUCUCCUGUUGCUAUGUUGGUGUGAAUCUUGAAGGUGCAAUUAUCACACUGCUUAUUCAUUAUAUAACAUUUUAGUACUCAAAAGGUUUCCAUUAGUAGUCUUGAAGAAUGAUAAACACACUGUUUAUUGUGACAAGUUUUCUAAUAGGCGAAGACAGCAUGGAAUUACGACCAAGGGUAGCUCAACCCACAAAUCACCUCUUUUUCCUACUUGAGAGGGAGUGGAAGGAAAGAUAGAGGGCAAGUAGCUCAGUCUCUUGCAUUUGUCUUGUUCCUCAUCUUCCCUGGAUCCUUCUUGUUUCAUUUGCUUAUUUAAUUUUAAAUUAAACCAAAGAAUAUGUUAAGUCUGGAGAAGAUGGUUGAAGAGAGACUACUCUGUUUGGGUACAUAGUAAGAAAUAGUAGAGUUCUUGCAUGAUAAUAUACCUUAUUGGUGCUCAUUUGUGGGACAUGAGAAGGAUGCUGACAGUUUGAUGAUGAAGAAAUGCCAUAGAGUUAGAUCCCCAUUUACAAGACAAUGUUCUCGAAGAACUGAGCCUAGAUGUUUGCAGUAUUGAACCCAUAAAUGAUAAGGAGAAAUGUCAUUAUGAUGGUGAAGGGAGAAAAGUGGUAUUUAUUAAUAUAAUAUGUUUAACCAAAGUGCCUCUUACAUAUACUUUAUAUAGAAUAAAAGAACAUUUUGACGAUGACACAUGAGGUUAACCCUCACAGUAGCAUUACACAAUGAGGUCCAAAACUUAAAUUGUCCAGAAGACAUUUUAUUAGCUUUCUAAUCAGCACCUGGUCCAAACGAUGGGAAUCCCUUCAACCGUCAUUCCAGAGAUCAUCUUAGAGAUGGCCAGCAUCACUGAUCAUAUUCUUCUUCUUCUUCUUUUUUUGUCCAUGCACAAGGCAUGCAAGAUCUUACUUCCCCAACCAAGGAUCGAACCCAUGUCCCCUGCACUGGAGCUCAGAGUUCUAACCACUGGACCACCAGGGAAUCCCCAAUCAUAUUCUUCUUUGAUCAAAGAGGAAAGCUUCAGCUCUCUGACAUCUUCAGUUCAGUGAAAUGACGCGUUGCAGUCCAUCUCAGUAUCUAAAAAUACUGCUUCCAGGGUUAAAAUCCAAGGAACUUGAGUGAGUUUGUUUGGAAAGCCUCCCAUUUUCUUUCUGAGAAAUGUACUUUCACCAAAUAGCAGAAUUUUCAGUUGAUAAGAGAAAAUAUAAGUAGUUUAGUGACCAGUCUUCCAAAAUCAAGUGAAAGUAGGUCAGCAGGAAAAGAACCUGACCUAAAGACUCACCCUCAAGUGCUGCCUGGGUUUCCCUCUCAUGCCUAGGCAUAACAUGGCCAACCUGGACAUCCUGGAGAUUUUUAGAAGGUCAAUGGCUCAGUCAGUAAAGAAACCGCCUGCAAUGCAGGAGACGCAAGUUCCAUCCCUGGGUCGGGUAGAUCCCCUGGAGCAGGGCAUGGCAACCCACUUGCCUGGGAAAUCCCAAGGACAGAGGAGCCUGGUGGACUGCAGUCCACGGGCGGUAGGGUCAGACGCGACUAAGUGACUAACACAGUCACAGCGGCCUCUGCAGGUCAUUCAGGCGCUUUCAAGCUGGUGUCUGUGAGCCCCAGUCAUUUCGCUUCUCUGAAAAGAAGUGACGUUGGUGCUGGGAGAGCAGCCAGAAGUAACCAGUGCUUCUCUCUUCUUUGGGGCAGCCCUGAACUUGACAUUCAAAGUCUUUUCAAGAAUAAGGUAGACUGUAGUCUCCUUCCAUUGGGGAAUACAUAAAUGUCACCUACAACUCCAAGGUAGGUGGUCCACGGGAGGACUUCUAUACACAGAAAGUACUGUAUGACCCAGGAGAUCACUUAUCAAAUAAACAUUAAUACUUUCUUUUUUUUUUCAUUAAUACUUUCUUAAUGAUCCCUUUUCCUUUUACUUUGCUUUCUGGUAGAUGCUUAGCGGCUUCUUUGGCUACCUCGUGACUUGCGUAGGAAUGAGCAUUUCUUAAACAACUUUAAAUAGCAUGUGGACUUUUUUUUACUACUUAGUAUUGGAUUCAGUUUUAUGGAAACUGAGAACAACUACUCUCAGUUGACUUUAUAUUAUGUUUAAUUAAGAUGCUCUGAGCCUGACUGUCAUACAACCUUGGGGGUUUCUGUCACUGAGUAUGCUCAGUGAAAUGUCAUUAUAAGAAGCCUAUUGUAAGCCUUUGGGCCAGGCUGGUUUUAUACCAAACUUCUCUCUGCAAUGAGUUGUUCUGAUGAGAUGACUUUGGAUAAAUUGGAGAGCUCACAUAAUAUAGCAAAUGCCCUUUCUAGAAAAAUCUCUUCCUCUCUGCCCAUCUCCUCUAUUUCUUUCCUUUUCUCUUCUUCUUCCUUCUUUCCUCCCCAUGGGGGUGGAGGGAAAAGAGCCUAUGGGAAAUAGGCAGGUAUAGCUUUCUUAAAUAUGAACUACUUGGACUUCUGCAUCAUUUUUUAAUAUCUGUAUACAUAAUAUGUGAUUUAAUCAUUAAUGACGUCUAAUCAUUAAAAACUCUUCAGUGGGGAAAAAAAAGGCAUCAGACAUAUGCUUUGCUGUGAAGUAAGACAGACCCUUGUAGAAUAAUUUCAAUAUUCUAUUUUUAGAGAAUCAUUCUGAUAAAAUAAAUUCCCAUAUAUAUAUAAAAUAAAUACCUAAAAUAAAUUCCCAGUGAGGACAGGGUGUAAGCAGAAAUCGCUCCUUAGAUCUCAGUAGCUUCUGACUCCAAUAAAACAAGGUCCGUUGACAUUGCAUAGGAAACAGAAAACUCAGUAUUAAGCAUUAACUUCUCACCUGGCAUGUGAACCAGGAAGCAUUAAAAUACAUAGGUGUGUUUUAACAGAUGGUUUUAUUUAUUUCAGUUCAUUCCCUCAGUUAAUGUUUACUGAAUGUUCCUCUAGGGUUAGCCCAAGCUACUCUCCUUACCCUGGGGCAGGUUACAAUCAAAUGCGGCUGUUUCUUUGGACGAAAGGAAUCAAGACUUGCGUUUGUUUCGAUCUUGGAUGAAGAAGACUCUAAGCCCAUCUAUGAACUACAAUUUAACAGUCUCUCUCUCGAUUCUAGCAGAAGAGUCAGCUCUUCUCCAUCUAAAGAACCCAACGUGUUAUGGAUCAUUCUGAACGCAGAUCUAACACCAAAUAUUUCAAAUCAGAAAUUUAAUGGAAUUAUCCUUUGCAAAACCACUCAGAGAAAGUAUGUUGCCGAGAUGUCCGUCGCUAAGUCGUGUCUGACUCUUUUGCAACACCAUGGACUGUAGCCCGCCAGGCUCCUCCAUCCAUGGAAUUUCCCAGGCAAGAAUACUGGAGUGGGUUGCCAUUUCCUUCUCCAGGGGAUCUUCCUGACCCAGGGAUUGAACCCCCAUCUCCUGCAUUGGCAGGCAAAUUCUUUACCACUGAGCCACCAGGGAAGCCCCAGCGAUGUGGGAGGCCUGGCAUAUUUUUUCUUCUUCAUGGAAGAUAGGCCCACUUUAUUCCAAGGAUGUGGUGUAACAGCUAAGCUCUACUGGUUCUUAAACAUCAACCCCAUCUCCUAAAGUUGCACAUCGUGAUUCACACAAGCAUCACGAUUUGCAAAUGAUAUGAAGAAAGGUCAACUAGAAAUCUGCUGCCAUUCUACUGCAGAGCGUUUGUGACUAGAGGGUUGACUCUGGGCUCAAUGCCAAGGGAUUCAGUUCUGGAAGCAAUGAAAGAGUCUCUUUAUCAAGUCACCUUACCUCUUAUUAUUUUUCAAGGUACCAACUGCAAAGUGUCAGUCACUCAGUCAUGUCCAACUCUUUGCAACCCCAGGGACUGUAUCCUGCCUGGUGUCCAUGAAAUUCUCCAGGCAAGAAUUCUGGAGUGGAUUGCCACUUCCUUCGCCAGGGGAUCUUCCCAACCCAGGGAUCGAACUGGUGUCUCCUGUGUCUCCUGCAUUGCAGGCAGAUUUUUAACCAUCUGAGCCACCAGUCAACUCACCAACUCCAAAGUCAAUUUUUAAAAUGAAAACAGAACUGCAUAAAAACCACAGAGAGCCCUUCCUCAGACAAUUCGGUGCCAGGGGUUAAAAUAGCCCCAGCCUGAGAAAUGUUAGGGUAACAAUAACAGUGAAAUGUAACGACAUUUAGAUUUUAAGAGUUGGAAAUUUGAUUUCAGCUACUGCUUUGAAAUUAUCUAUUUAGGAUUAACUUAGAAAUCAAUGUUAUACUUUAAUAGGAAAAAAAAUUUUUUUAAGAUGUAAAUAAUUUACAAAUUAGAAUUUACAUAAUUGUACUAAUUUGAAAGCCAGAAUAUUAUGGAUCUUUGAAACUUUCAUUUUUUUUCUAGACAUGAUAGCAAUAAUGAAAGGAUAGAAACAGGUGUCUUCACUGACCAUAUGGCAAAUGAAUAGAAUGCACAUGCUCAACAGUCCAACUUGUCAAGGCUUUAAAAAGUAUAAUUUGGCCAGAAACUAUAAAUACUGUCUUAACACACACACAGAAGCUCACAUGCAUUAAAAAAAAAAAAAAAAUCACACUUC